GUCAGUGCUUCCCAAGAAGCUAGGAACACAUACCUUUUUCUAGUGGAAUGUAUGGGGAAAAGGACUUAAACAUUAUUUAAAAGGAACCUGAACAGAAGAUAAUACAAAGUGAGAAGCACUUGCCCAGGAGUCCGUAGAGGCUACUCUAGUCUACUGAAGAACAUGUCUAACAGUAACACUACUCAAGAGACCCUUGAAAUAAUGAAAGAAUCAGAAAAAAAACUGGUGGAAGAAUCUGUAAACAAAAACAAGUUUAUAUCUAAGACUUCAAGUAAGGAAGAAGUUGAGAAAGAAAGCGAAGAGACCAGUGUGCGUCAGGAGACACAGAGGCGGGCAUCCAACCAUGGUCAUGCCAGGAAAAGAGCCAAGUCUAAUUCCAAGCUGAAGUUAGUACGCAGUCUGGCAGUAUGUGAGGAGUCCUCUACUCCAUUUGCUGAUGGGCCACUAGAAGCCCAGGAUAUAAUUCAGUUGCACAUCAGCUGCCCCUCUGACAAAGAGGAAGAAAAGUCCAUAAAAGAUGUCUCCGAAAAGGAAGACAAGGACAAAAGCAAAGAUAAGGCCCCAAGGAAGAUGCUGUCCAGAGACUCCAGCCAAGAAUAUACGGACUCCACAGGAAUAGAUCUACAUGAAUUUCUUGUAAAUACACUGAAAAAGAACCCAAGGGACAGAAUGAUGCUGCUAAAAUUAGAACAGGAGAUUCUGGAAUUUAUUAAUGACAACAAUAACCAGUUCAAGAAGUUUCCUCAGAUGACCUCAUAUCACCGGAUGCUAUUACACCGGGUAGCUGCCUAUUUUGGAAUGGACCACAAUGUUGAUCAAACUGGGAAAGCUGUCAUCAUCAACAAGACCAGCAACACAAGAAUCCCUGAACAGAGAUUCUCAGAACAUAUAAAGGAUGAGAAGAAUACAGAAUUCCAACAGAGAUUCAUUCUCAAGAGAGAUGAUGCCAGUAUGGACCGAGAUGAUAACCAGAUCAGAGUUCCAUUGCAGGAUGGAAGGAGGAGCAAGUCAAUAGAAGAGAGAGAGGAGGAAUAUCAAAGGGUCCGAGAGAGAAUAUUUGCCCGAGAGACUGGCCAGAACGGAUAUCUAAAUGACAUCAGACUCUCCAAAGAAGCCUUUUCUUCUAGCUCUCACAAGAGAAGGCAGAUUUUUAGGGGGCACCGAGAAGGGCUGAGCCGUACCUCAAGCAGCCGCCAGAGCAGCACAGACAGCGAACUCAAAUCCUUGGAGCCCCGGCCUUGGAGUAGUACAGACUCGGAUGGCUCUGUCCGGAGCAUGCGACCCCCUGUCACCAAAGCUAGCAGUUUCAGCGGAAUUUCUAUCCUCACCCGAGGUGACAGCAUUGGCAGCAGUAAAGGUGGCAGUGCAGGAAGGCUGUCCAGGCCAGGUAUGGCACUAGGUGCCCCAGAAGUGUGCAACCAGGUCACCUCACCCCAGUCUGUCAGGGGUCUUCUUCCUUGUACUGCCCAGCCACAACAGCAGCAGCAGCAGCCGCCACCGCAGCAGCAGCAACUUCCUGCUCUCCCACCCACACCUCAGCAACAGCCACCCUUGAAUAAUCACAUGAUCUCACAGCCAGUCCCAGCUCUGCAGCCCUCUCCGCAGCCUGUUCAGUUCUCUCCAAGCUCCUGUCCCCAGGUCCUUCUGCCAGUUUCUCCACCCCAGCAGUACAACAUGGCAGAUGAUCUCAGCAACCCCUUUGGACAAAUGAGCCUUAGCCGACAAGGUUCUACUGAAGCAGCUGACCCAUCCUCAGCUCUGUUCCAGCCCCCACUUAUCUCCCAGCACGCUCAGCAGACUAGCUUCAUCAUGGCAUCCCCAGGACAGCCCCUCCCCACUUCCAACUAUGCCGCCUCUAGCCAUGCACCACCUUCUCAGCAAGUCCUGCCACCCCAGGGCUACAUGCAGCCCCCUCAACAGAUCCAGGUUUCUUACUAUCCUCCUGGACAGUAUCCUAACUCCAACCAGCAAUAUCGACCUCUGUCUCACCCGAUGGCCUAUAGCCCCCAGCGUGGUCAGCAGCUGCCUCAGCCAUCCCAGCAGCCUGGUUUACAGCCCAUGAUGCCUACACAGCAGCAGGCAGCUUACCAAGGCAUAAUUGGGGUCCAGCAGCCCCAGAACCAGGGCCUGCUCAGCAACCAGAGGAGCAGUAUGGGGAGCCAGAUGCAAGGCCUGGUGGUUCAGUAUACUCCACUGCCUUCUUACCAAGUCCCAGUGGGCAGUGACUCACAAAAUGUGGUCCAGCCACCUUUCCAGCAACCCCUGCUGGUCCCUGUGAGUCAGUCUGUGCAAGGAGGCCUCCCUACCGCAGGCGUGCCCGUAUACUACAGCAUGAUCCCACCCACUCAGCAGAACGGUACGAGCCCUUCUGUGGGGUUUCUGCAGCCUCCUGGCUCUGAGCAGUACCAGAUGCCUCAGUCUCCCUCUCCCUGCAGUCCACCACAGAUGCCACAGCAGUACUCAGGAGUGUCACCUUCUGGACCAGGUGUGGUGGUCAUGCAGCUGAAUGUCCCUAAUGGACCCCAACCUCCCCAGAACCCAUCCAUGGUCCAGUGGAAUCAUUGUAAAUAUUAUAGCAUGGACCAGCGGGGUCAGAAACCUGGAGAGCUGUAUAGUCCUGACAACAACCCCCAGGCCAACACACAAAUGAGCAGCAGCCCUGUCACCUCUCCUACUCAGUCUCCAGCACCCUCUCCUGUCACCAGCCUCAGCAACGUCUGCACAGGACUCAGUCCCUUGCCGGUCCUCACACAGUUCCCCCGGCCUGGGGGGUCAGCACAGGGUGAUGGGCGCUACUCCCUCUUGGGCCAGCCAUUACAGUACAAUCUGUCCAUCUGCCCUCCCUUGCUCCACGGCCAGUCGACAUACACAGUGCACCAGGGACAAAGCGGAUUGAAACAUGGAAACCGGGCCAAGAGACAAGCACUCAAGUCUGCCUCUACUGACUUGGGGACAGCAGAUGUUGUCCUGGGGCGGGUGCUGGAGGUGACAGAUCUCCCUGAGGGCAUCACUCGUACUGAGGCGGACAAACUCUUCACUCAGCUCGCCAUGUCCGGUGCCAAGAUCCAGUGGCUCAAAGAUGCUCAGGGGCUGCCUGGAGGGGGUGGUGGGGACAACAGUGGGACUGCUGAGAAUGGCCGCCACUCGGACCUUGCUGCCUUGUACACCAUUGUGGCUGUGUUCCCCAGCCCCCUGGCUGCCCAAAAUGCCUCCCUUCGCCUCAACAACUCUGUGAGUCGCUUCAAACUUCGAGUGGCCAAAAAGAACUAUGACCUGAGGAUCCUGGAGCGAGCCAGCUCCCAAUAAACAGAAGAGGGGAAGGGACUGGCUGGGGGUGAUGGUGAAGGGGGCUGAGGUGAGAAGUAAGGAGAUGGACACAAACUAAAGCCUAAGAUGUUAGGAAUGAAGAACCAGACCCUUGCUGGCAUUGGACUCCUUCCACACUCCCCUGCCAUGGGUACCCCAUUCCUCCCUGGUUGACCCCCCCUCUGCUUCCCUCUCCUUCCCAUCCUCUUCUGUCAUUUUUUAUCUUUUCUUCCCCCCUGAAAUUAAUUUUUUUUAAAUUUUUGGUCAAGAUUGAAUUGGGAGGGUCCCAUGCUCCCCUCUUCUCCUAUUUCCUCACCUCCCUAAGCUCCCUUUCCUUUUUUAGUCUUUAUGAAUAUAUUUAUAUGGACAGAAUUAAGAAAAAAAUUGAUUUCCCCAUUCUCUCACUUCCCCUGUCUGUCUCCUCAAACCCCACAGUUAAAACUUGGGACUCUCUCCACUCCCAGAACACUUGUAUAUUGUUUGUUUGAGGUUCGUGCCGCAGUAACAGACACAGUAUUUAAUUGCACAUACAGAUGUUUGCUGGGUAUAUUCACUG